GGUACACACGGCAACUUGGUGCGCCAUCUGAGAGUUCACAGUGGGGGGAAGGCAUUCGCUUGCGAGCACUGUAGCAUAUGGUAAAUAUCACAGAUGUCAUGUCACCAACUAUUGGAGGUGGGCUAGAAUGUGGUUCCACAGUGAGAGACACAUUGUAACCUCCAUACUGACAAAAAACUUUCAAUCUCGAGCAAGCAAGCUCGUUGCGUUCCACAGAAACCUUUCCCGUGCGUACACUCAAACAAAACUAACCCAGAUAUGAAUAAGAGUAAGAAAUUUAAGAAGUUAAGUAAUUCUUAAAUCUCUUACUCGUUACAAAGGGACCGGUCUGAAUACCCGCGCCAGGCAUCUCAGCCCAGCACACGCUGAGACUGGAACCCUUUGCCCAAUAUUUCUACUUUGUUGAUCUGUACCACUGUACACAUUAAUUUCUUUUUUCUUCUUUAUUAUGUAUUUUUAUAUUUUGUUUUCUAUUGCACCUGUAUUUAAUAUGUGACCAUAAAAAAAAUCAUAUUCUCAUUCUAAAAUAUUAUCGUGGCUAUAUUUAGCUACAAAAGCCCGUUUUAAACAUAGUCUGACCUCGUUAAUAGGUUUGACCCGAAACACAAUCAUUGAUCAAACCAUGUCUAUGCUUCUUCAUUCAAAGAUAUCAAAGUUAUUUUUCCUUUCAGGUUCACACAAAAGUCUGUGCUAAUCAAGCACGUUCGUAUCCACACAGGAGAGACUCCAUAUUCCUGCAACAUCUGCAACAAACAGUUCUCCCGCAGCUUCACUCUUGCUUGCCAUCGUCGCGUCCACGGAGACAUUAAGGAAGAACCCCCUAAGGAAGCACAAAUACCACCACCUCCAGAAAAAUGGACUUGUGAUAUGUGCCAUAAAACGUUUAAAAAUAAAUCUUAUAAACAUGCACACAUGCUAUUACAUAUAAGAACGAAAGAAUUCAAAUGUCAUGUUUGUGAAAAAAAGUUUACAAGUGAAAGUAGUUUAGAAAAACAUCUUACAGUACACAACCAAGUUAAGUGUAGUGUUUGUGAGAAAGAGUUAAAAACUCAAGCUAAUUUAGCGAGGCAUAUGUUAGUGCAUACAGGUGAACGACCGUUUCCUUGUAGUUUUUGUAGUAGAAGAUUUACGCAAAAGUCGGUAUUGAUUAAACAUGAGAGGAUACACACGGGUGAGAUGCCGUACGAAUGUGAAAUGUGUUUGAAGAAAUUUUCUAGAAGUUUUACUUUGGAGAAUCAUUUGAAGCGAAUUCACAGAAAAGAAAAGGUAGAGAAUAUUAAAAAUGGGAUGACAUCGUCUAAGAAAAAAAAAUCUGACCCUAAAAAAGAGAAUUCUGAAAGUGAAAAGGAAAAGUCUCCAGCUGAGACGCCGGAGUGCGAUAUGAAGCGAUUUUGGUGUGUAAACUGUGAUAAUUUGUACAAUAAUAAAGAAUUCUAUAUACAUGAAUGUGCACAAAUAAAUAAAUUUGAAAUUAAUGACGUCUGUGGGAAUAAUGUGCCAGAAAUUGAUUAUAGCGAUCACGAAGAUAAUGAAAGCAGUCAAAGUCCAUUUUUAGAUGUAAAAGAAGAAGUCACAAUAAAACAGACAGGACCCGAUAAUAUAAAUGAUCAAUUCAAACAUGAAAUAUUUUUUGAUACUUUACCAACAAACAUUGCCGAUAUAGAAGCAAACAAUUCAACAAUAAAUACCGAUACAGAUAUUUUGAUAGAUAACGAAAAGAAAUACCAACCUAUAGAAAGCAAUGAAAAAAAAGCAAAAGUUCGCAAAAAAAUGGACAUGUAAG